CUUGGUCUACUCUCCGCUGGCCAUGGCAGCUCACCAGCGCUUCACUGCUCACCAUGACAGCUCCCGAAAAUCAAAAACGGCCACCACCCCCUGCGAAAGCUCUCUCGGAUCAUCUCCUGAAGACCGCCGAUUUUCUUGACACUUUCGCCGCACAGCUGGUCGGGAAAUCCACUAAGGCUUUCAAAGGAGAGAGAGAAGCCAUAAUUCAAGACAUGCGAAAAAGAGGUCAAGAUUUGUCGGGGGACGGGCAUCCUGAGGAGAGUGAUUACCCUCCAGCACCGUCAGAGGACGACGAAGCUGAAGAGACUGGGGGCAGUAUGUCAGAUGUCGAAGACAACGGUGCAGCUGACGAAGCAGUGUCUGACACUAUGGACGAGGAUGAAGAGCAUGAGGAAGACGACGAUGAGCACGAUGACCAAUAACCGCCAGGAGAACGGAAGGAAUUAUAUAUAUAUGGAAUUGGAUUUGUGAUGUAUCGUAUGAACUGGGCUCUGGAAGCGCCGUCUCUAAUCGUGACAGAAGUCCACCCCCUGUCAUCCAAUUAUUCCAUGGUGAACAGAUUGAUACGGCUGGAGGACCGCACAGAUCUCAGACCGCCUCCUUGUUGCUGCUGACCUGAUGGUAGUCCAUCCAUUUCCACCGUGCCUGCACUUCGUGUAUGCGAUGUGUCACCCUUUGGCGCAGGACGAUUUCCCGUCCAGACAUUACCAUUCACGUCAUGGAACACCUCCUCCUCUUCUCCACCUUUCCCCGUCGAUUCAGGCUUGCGUCCGAAGCUUUGAAAAGCAGAUCCGGAACGAAGACUACUCGCGAUAGGGCGUUGGGGACCGAAGCCCCCUGAUGCAUGACUGGCUUUUGAGGCAUUCCGUAGUUCCUUUCGGCGAUUUUCGAAAGCUGAAGGGGAUAGGCCGAAAGUUCGUUGGGUGCCAGAGUUGGUCCGCGCUGCGCCCUCUCCUGAGCCGGCAGGAGUAUGAAGUAGCCGUUCUCUUGAUGGUGACGCAUGCCGUCGCCUUCCACCGGUUCGCCCCCAUUUCCAUCGCGUCCUCGUAAACAGUGGCUUCAACCAUUUGUUAUCGAAGCUCAUGAACCAAUGAGUCAUAUCAUCAUCCCAAAUAGUAUUACCCCUGCCCCGUGAAUCCUCUUCAACAUCGAUCCGCACCCCUCGAUGGGAGUCGCUCUGCACAAGAUCUUCCAGUGAUCCUACACUGACGUUGUCCAAACUUUCGUUGGACGCAUGGCUGUCCCCGUGGUCCCGAUGUAUGGAUCCUGGUAAAUCGUCAUCCCAAUCAUCCCCCUCUCCGUCGCUUGAAUCUGUGUCUGGAUCUUCAUCGUCAUCCUCAAUGUAGUCAUCCCCUGUAGCCAAUCCGCUUGAAUUGACUCCUUUCUUUCCUACACCUGUUCUAAUCCGCAGCCUAGAUAGUGCCAUGUUCGUGGUGCCACCUAGUAAGAUGACGGUGAUGAUGCAUAUAAUCAAAGUUGUUGUCUGAAUCACUCUCGCUGUUCUCAUGGUCUCUUCAGUGUCACCGCUAACUUCAAAAGAGAGCGCAAAUGCGAUGGCACCACGUAAUCCCGCCCACCACAACAUUAACUGAUGAUUUCGAGGGAUUUCUUCCCUCGGAGUUCCCGGGCGAAGUCGUGCGCUGACGAAAUUGAUCAGUCGGGCGAGAGGAAUGACCGACAUGUAUCUGGCUACCAUACAGAUAAUCUAUGAAGUCACAGUGAACCUUCCACUUCUCAAAGACGUAACAAAAUUCGCAUGCACAUACCAAAGUGAAGAAUAUUAGACCUGGCCGAUAAACCUCAUCUUUGAGAUUGGUGAAUACGGUAACUCCCAAAUAGAUGAAGACAAAGUUUUCGCUGAGUUGAGAUAAAACU